GAUCGAGCGCCAUAGCCACAACUCCCAGCCAGUGGAAUCUUUUCCCUGGAUUUUAUAAAGAAUAAUCAGCUCCUUCGUCUUUCCCUUUUCUCCCGCAUAGCUGUCUGUCGCUCCAUGUUCAGGCACGCAAAUACAGCGACUUUCAGCUUACCAAGAACACCCAUCAACUAAAAGAAAAGGAAAAACCCAAAUUUACUUUCCCUCUCAUCCCCACCUGCCAAUCACAUCGUAUAUUGUAACCUUCGUGUACCCCCCCCCCCCCCCCCCCCCCUUCACCCUCCUCCUCCAAUCCAACGGGGAGGGUUUUCUCGUUUUCCUAUUGACUUUGCUCCUUCAGCUCGCCGCCAUGGGUUGUGCCGGAUCUUCCUUCGCUAAGGGAGAAGGUAACAAGAAGAUAAGGAAGCCGAAGCCAUGGAAGCAUUCGGAGCCAAUUACAAGGGCACAACUCGUGCAGAAGCGAGAUGAGUUUUGGGACACAGCUCCUCACUAUGGUGGGCAGAAAGAGAUAUGGGAUGCACUUCGUGUUGCUGCAGAAGCCGAGCUAUCUCUGGCCCAGGCAAUUGUGGACAGUGCAGGCGUCAUUGUGCAGAGUGAGGACUUGACUAUUUGCUACGACGAGAGAGGCGCAAAGUAUGAACUACCAAAGUACGUGUUAAGUGAGCCAACCAAUCUGAUUCCUGAUAAUUGAAGGAGGAAAGAAGAAAGUGAAAAUAACUGUCUACUUUUCCCCAGGAUAUGGGGGGUUUCUAAACAAAUGACCACUGCCCGCAGUCAGUAGGUCCAUUCAUAUUGUAAAUGUGUUGUUGACCAAUUUUACUUACAGUUUGUGUAAUGGGGCCUAGAGUUAAAGCUCUGCAAGUCGAAGCUGUGAUGGGGAUAAAAGAACUGUGAAAAGGGUGGGAAAAGAAAAGGAAAGAAGCAGAAACAGAGGGAAUCCCAGAAUGGGAAAUGUGGCUUUAGUAGGUAAAUGCUCUGCAAUCUGGGCGUCUGGUUUUGAACCCAAAAUGGGAAGAAAAACUUGGUUUCUGCUUUUGGUACUUGGGGGAGGGGUUUUGUGUGUGAGGGUCUUUCUUACUUGGGGUUUUGAUACAGUCUUAGGAAACGGAAGAAGAAGCAGAUAAAAACGUAUACAUGGUUCAUAUCACUUGCAUUAACGCUGCUCAACCUCUGUAUCCUCCUCCAUCCUUUCCUCUCUCUCUCUUAUGUGUCUGCUGUUCUCGAUGCGAGAAGCCGAGACUGUCAGACUGCAUAAAAUUCUGUUGAGUCUUCGGCAAGAGUUAUUCGAUCUCCUUGUUCACGAU